AUGGCGUCAGGCGCAUUCGGUGCAUCUUUUUUCAAACCAGCCGCAUCGUCAGGCGCUGCACAGUCUAACCCAGCCAGCACGUCGGGUUGGUUCACUGCCAGCCAACAACAGCAGGAGACGGGACAGAGUCAACAGCCGUCGUUGGCACAGUCCACGCAAGCUCCCCAAGCUACACAACCUGCAUUCUUCAACAGCCUGUUGGAAAGGGGCAAAAAACGGCCCUUUGCUUCCACUUCGCAGGACCACAGUUAUGGAGAGCUGCCAAGUCUUCAGUUGGGCCUCGAUGAUAUUCGCAGAAAGGCGAGGGAGCUCGGUGCCCAAGAUUCAAAAGCCACGCGUCAAGCUGGUCGAGACCAAAAGGCCCAUUAUCUCCUUGCGGCAUCUGGGAUAUCUCCGGGCCAUGCAUUGCGCGACCUGAAAGCUCUUGACGUUCAAACCUCGACUCCUAGUCCGUUCAAACAGGCCGAUGACUUCGAUCCCGACAAUGAGAAAUUCAUGAGAAGCGUCCAACGCCGCGGCCGACAAGCCAUGGUAGCAGAGAGCCUUGCUCGAGUCCAUCGAGACUUCGACUCAUUUUUGGAGGAGAAAGUCAGCAUGAACUGGGACGAACAACGCCGCAAGAUCUUUCAGCAUUUUGGUCUUUCAUCUCGAGAUGAUCUGGCAGGUGGUGAGAGCUUCAAUCGGGGUUCCUUCGGUCGCACUUCUACACACACUAAGCUGCCUGGCCCGUCUGGCACUCGAAGUGUCUUCGGACGCUCCGCUCUGGAGAAAUCUGUAAUUGGGCAACCUGGAAACGUUCUUGCGAGCUCACAACUAUUCGCAGACCACGGUGAUAGGGGUGAGGCAGCAGCUCAGAACCCUGAUACUCGGUUCAUGCGUGAGAAGAUGGGUCUUUUUGUCAAAAAGGUUGGCGAUCUCAAUGCAGCAAGACUCGAAGACAAACCGUACCCUAUUCUCCACGAAUUCGCGGAAGUGGAAGACCAUCCUGGUGGUGAUGUGCCGCGACAUCUAUCGGGAGCAUACCAUGCUUUGAUAUCCAUUACCGGAGAAGCACGUAACGCAUCCAGCUUUAGUGAAUCUGGCGCAUCAAAGGAGAGGGUGUUUGCCAACGAUUAUCUGAAUGAAGUUUCUACUUCCAAGGGCGCUACAAGCAUGAGGAAAAGAAUUGUAGAAGGUUCAAGAGUAUACUUGGAACAGUUGUUUUAUUCAGAAGUCGAGGCCGCGAUUGCUAAGAACCCACGUGAAGCACAACUUGGAGGAAUCCCGUCCACCAUCAACAGGAUUCGUGCCUACAUUCGCCUUCGUGCUGCAAGAAAAGACCUUGCCCCAGACGGGACGGAGUUGCAGAUUGUUGGUGAUGACUACUGUUGGAUACUGAUCUUCUUCCUUCUCCGGUGCGGCUUCGUGACCGAGGCUGCCGAGUAUGUCAGUUCAGAUCCAGGUUUUCGGUCACUUGACCACAAAUUCGUCACGUAUAUGACUACAUAUGCGCAAAGCAGGAGAUUACCCAGAGACCUGCAACAAAAGAUAAACGGAGAAUAUCAACAGCGCUUGCGAAAUGCGCCGGAGAAUACAAUUGAUCCUUACCGGAUGGCCUGCUACAAGAUAAUUGGUCGAUGCGACCUGGGUCGCAGGCGCCUGGACGGGGUCGGACAGGGUGUGGAGGACUGGAUGUGGCUACAGUUCGUUUUAGCUAGAGAAGAUGACCGUGUCGAAGAGUUCGCAGGGAAUGUGUUUGGCCUCGAAGACAUUCAAACCGACAUUACGGAGAUUGGCCAAAGGGUGUUUGCAAAGGGCCAAGACACGCCAGGAGGCUAUGGAACCUUCUUUCUUCUUCAAAUUCUAGGUGGCAUGUUUGAACAGGCGAUCUCCUAUCUUGGAUCUCAUGCUUCAGUUAGUGCCGUGCAUUUUGCUAUUGCACUAGACUAUUACGGACUUUUACGCGUUGCGGACUUUUACACUGGUGGCGAAGAUGUUUUGUCAUUCACAACAAAGCAAUUCCCACAGAUCAAUUUCGCCUAUCUAAUCACCCAGUAUACCCGUGAAUUUAGGACCGGUAACGUCGAAGCGACUAUCGACUACUUUUCUCUCAUCUGCCUGAAUGCUGACCUCCCCGGGUCGCUCGGGAAAUCGCAAGCCUCUGUCUGUCAUGAAGCCCUGCGGGAGUUUAUCUUGGAAACAAGAGACUUUGCAAAGCUCCUGGGUGACAUUCGCUCGGACGGCGUGAGGAUUAAGGGGGCCAUCGAACGCCGCCUAAAACUUAUUAAACUUGUUGACCAAGACGAAUUUUUAAGGACUAUUACUGUGCAAGCUGCAACCGUCGCAGACGAUAAGGGCUUAACUGCCGACGCUGUGCUUCUGUUCCACCUCGGAGAAGACUAUGACCGUGUUAUCGAAAUCAUCAAUCGAGCUCUAUCAGAUACCGUUGCGCUGGAUCUAGGCCAGUCCGUUUCGGAUUUCCAACCUCUGAAACCCAGAAUAGAACCCGGUGUUUCUGGUGCGGGUGCUGCAGAACCUGGCAGUAGUCUGAGUCUGACAACUGUCGACGAUCCCGUGGAUUUGGCUAGGAACAUGAUUAGUCUUUACAACAGUAAUGCACUAUAUUAUCAGAAGAUCCGCCAGAUCAACCGCGAUGCGUGCGGACUGUUGCUUCGGAUGUUGGACGCGAAGGGGCAAGUCGAAGUUGGUAACUGGGCACCAGCUUUAGAUGCAAUCAACAAUUUACAGAUUCUACCUCUCCGCGCCAAAGGAUCAGUUCCAUAUGUCCGCAACGCCUCUCAAUCAUUUGCAUCAUUGCCCAGCGUCAUCUCUCGUAACAUCGGCCACCUGAUCAUUUGGAGCAUAACAUGCAUUGGUCGCGAACGGGAACGACUCUACUCAGGCGCAUAUGAGAACGAGAUUCGUCAAGCAUUGGCUGAUGAUUUGUUGAUCAUGGCCAAAGACCUGAUGUUAUUUGCAGGCAUGAUCAAGUACAAAUUGCCGCCGAGGGUAUAUGAGACAUUGGCUCGUGCAGGUGCUGAGAUUGGGGCGUUUUGA